UGGGACGCCAGGGUUCUCAGCUCCCUCAAGUACCUCCAACUUGUGGAGGUUUUCCACAUACUCUCUGUUCAUCUUCCCUUUCAGCCCGCCGUCAAUACGACGCUAGACACGACGACAUGAAGCUUUCUCGCAGUCUAGCGCUACUUGCGGCCACCUUCGCGUCUGUUCCUUCCACGUUGGCCUGGGGAAGCGUGGGACACGAAAUCGUCGCGACAAUCGCGCAGGUAUACCUCCAUCCCUCAACGCUCGCGAACGUCUGCGAGAUUCUCCACCCCGGCUAUAAGCUCCAGCUCUGGCCGCCAUGCCACUUGUCCCGCGUCGCUUCCUGGGCCGACCAGGUCAAGCGGAGCCCGCAGUACCGCUAUACGUCCGCGAUGCACUACGUCGGCGCCCUUGGUGACCAUCCGAGCGAGACCUGCUUGUUCCCCGGCGCGCGCGGUUGGGCGGGGAAGCGCGACGUGAACGUGCUUGGUGCUGUGAGGAACAUGACGGAGGUGCUCGUCGGAUACAUAGACGGGUACUACGAACAGAGCACCAUGGAGGACGCUGUGAAGUUCCUUAUCCAUUAUAUGGGCGACAUGCACAUGCCUUUGCAUUUGACUGGAAGGGAGAGGGGCGGAAACGGUGCCAGAGUCACUUUUGAUGGUCGCGUUACGAACUUGCACUCCCUCUGGGAUAGCUUGCUCAUCUCCAAAUCACUGCGCACUAUCCCUUCGAAUUACACACGCCGCUUCCCGCACGGUUCGACGUCCAUCGAACUCGAACCGCACCUUCGCGAUACGAUCUACGAUCCGUACAUCCGUCGCGUAAUGUGGGAGGGCAUGGGCGUCGGCAAAGCACCCGGCCGCUUCGAGGCGGAGGCAUUCGAGUGGCUCAAUUGUCCUGAGAAAGCACAAGCAGACUACGGCCUCUGGGACGCCAUGCAGUCGACGCUCGGCCUCCGUGCCGCCGCGGACGAGGAGCGCUGGGACGACGACGUCCUCUGUCCGUUCGCGUGGGGCAAGGAGCUACACAAGUUGAACUGCGACCUGCCCGUCUGGCCCGCGGAGCUCGACCUACCACCGUAUAAUGAGACGCGCAUCAACUCGGGCGAUCGCGACGAUGACUACGACCACGACGAGCACUUGGACGACUUCUUCUCUCGUCCUCCCAGGCCCCACCCCGACCUCCUCGAGCUCGACACGCCCGAGUACUCUGGCAAGAUUUACGGAGAGUGGGUCGUCGAACGGCUCAUGGCUAUGGCCGGCAUCAGGCUUGCUGGGAUUCUAAACGGGCUGUUCAUGGAUGCCGGCGGACCUGACGACGCUUGUGAUCUGCCAAUGAUCCUCGUAUAACGCUGCAUAACAGUUUGAAGUAGUCUCCGCGACCUUUAGCAGUAUCAACGACUCGCAGUGGAUUAUUGUGUAAUAUAGUGAGGCUGUACGAGUAGACCGGUUGUCUCUCACUAAAAUUCAGCAAUACAAGUUGGCCUUUCAUGUCAU